AUGUGGAUGUGUCGGAAUAUUCUACCAGAAUAUCUAAUGUACGCAAUCUUGCCUGAAGCGAACGGCGGUGGUUUCUGGGCUUGCAACAACAGUGCGAAUCCACAUGACUGGAGACCAUUUGUACCAUGCAUGUUCGCCAGUGAAAAUUUUCAAGAAAUAAGACCACUUCCAAACACAGUUGCCACCAUUCUUGGACAGGAUAUGACGUCAGGAUACUUGUACGGCAUCAAUAACAAUGGGCUCGGUUAUGUUUACAGCAGGAACGGUGGCCAUAAUUGGAUAUCUAUACCGGAAAAUGUGUACAUCCGGGCAUUUAAUCUACCUGAUUUCCGAAUGGCAACUUUGAUUUAG